AUGCCUGGCCUGACGGUCAACCCAGAGACGGCGCCGCCACGCAUCGGCGCCAGCGGCUCCGUCCCCGACGGCCGGACGGCACCUUCGCAACCACAGCCUCAGCCUCCUGCGCAGCCGGUCUCUACUACAUUUGUACCUCCGCCUAUACCACCUUCCAGCUACCCACCCCGGCCGCCACCUAUCCAGACACAGACACAAACCAAUACACAAGCAACACCCCAAACACAGACAUCUCGGGCAUCAUCACCAGUUCGGCCGCCCGUCAGCCCCAUCACGCCGACGCUGGCACCUAGGCAACUGCCAGCGUCCAAGGCAUCUACCGGCGCCGGCAAAAGCACCGCAGCGCCGUCGUUCGCGCAGGGCCGCCCGGCCUUCACGCACUCGCAGCCGGACCAGGUCGCCGUUCCUGCGCCGCCGCCCGUGCCCCUUGACUUUGAGUCCAACCCGGACGUGCUCGCGCUCAAGUCGGCCAUCGGCAUCCUGCAGCUGCAGCGCCAAAAGGCUACCGCCGACAUCCAGGCACUGAGUCGGGCAAAGGAGGGGGCGCUCGCGGAGCCGGGCGCGUUCCUCAGAGACCUCAACUCCGGGCGGGUCGGGACCGAGGGCGACCGGCUGUUCGUGUCGGCGCAGGACGACGCAGACGAUGACGACUCGUCCGAUUCAGAUUCGGACCUGAACGAUGGCGAUGCCGUCGGUGCUGAUGACCGAGAAGGUCCUGCGCUGAAGCCAUCACCCAUGAAACUCGGGGGAGGCAAGGGCAAGGCUUCGGAGAAGCCGCCAUGGGCAUCGCUGCCGAAACCACAGAACGUAGUCCGGUGUCCACCCAUCAACUGGUCACAGUAUGCGGUUGUGGGCGAAUCCUUAGAUAAGCUGCACAAUGAACAGCUUGCACGGCCCACACAGGGGAGUCCAGCGGUGAUCGGAGCUCAGGGGACAUAUCAGUUCAAGGGUGAGCCCAGGGCAGGUGAUGGGCAAAAACUUGUGGGCAUUGCUGCCCCCUAUACCCCCGGACGCGAUAAGCUCGACAAGAAAGCAAAAGGCGCUAAGCGUUGA